CGAUAUAGCACCGAAUUCUUCUGAAUGGGAAAAUAAAAUCACUGAUGGGGAUGCUGGACCACUAUCAGUUGAUGGGAUGGAAUUGUCUAAACAACGGAAAAACAGAAGGAAUAGCAGUAGUAAUUCAGUGCCACAACCAUUAAAAUGGCCUCCUCCUUCUGGGAGUCUCCAUGCGCAAUAUAGACGUGCCGCUGUAGCAACUGAUCAUGGUCUUUGCAGUGAAAUUGGAAGAGAUAUUAUGAUGGAAGGCGGAAAUUCCGUUGAUGCUAUGAUCGCAAGCUUUCUCUGUAUCGGAGUCAUUAAUCCUCAAUCCUCGGGACUUGGAGGCGGAUUUUUUAUGACAAUAUACAAUACAAGCACUCAAGUAAUAUAG